AUGUUCCUGGUGGGUGUCUGUCCCUGCAGUCCCUCACCCCUCAUUUUCUCCAUACAAAAGCCAAAUUAUGAACAUUUCUUUUACCUCUCAGGAUUUGGAGAGUCGCCGGAGUCCAAGGCAGCUAAGUACCUCGUCAGUUUCUUCACCUACGUUGCGCUCGAGAUUGUAUCCGCCCAGCUGAGGGCCUAUAACCGGGAAGCACACGCAGAGUUGAUGGAAUUCCUUGACAGCCAUCCCCUCAAGGACGGAGACGAGUUCUGUGCUGCCCUCAUGCGUCAAUCCUCCAGGCACAAGGGUUUGGCUCUGCGAAUCAUAGAGGUGCGAUCAGCUUACUGUAAGAUGGACUUCGAGUGGGACAACCUUCAUCGACUAGCCCUCAAGAAGGUUAGCGACUCCAAUACGCGCCUCAUGCGAGAUUACGUGUCGGAAACCAGCCACGAGACUUGA